UUUACCCAUCAGAUGCGCAAUGGAAAGGCAAAAAGGCGGCGAACCGCCUCAUGAACGAUCAUUGAGUCCAGAGGAGCCCCUAAUGGCACACAGAAAGACGAAUCAGGAGGAGCAGCCCCAAUGGAGCUGGUCCCUUAAGUGGGCGGCAAUCGGAUCCUCGCUCGGAGCAGCCGUUCCAGUGGGAUACUGCACGGGUGUGAUGAACAGUCCCGCUGAGCUCAUGCGCUCCUGGUGCAACGAGACUCUGAUUGCCCGCUACGAUGUGAACUUGGGCGAGUCCAGUCUGGAGCUGCUGUGGUCGGCCCUUGUUUCCAUAUUCCUAGUGGGAGGCGCCAUCGGGUCGGUGACGGGCGCCACCAUGGCCAACAGGUUCGGACGCCGCGGCUGCUUCAACAUCUGUGGCAUCCUUCUGGCGCUGGGCGCCAUUUGCUUCUACUCGUGCCGACCCUUGGGUUCCGUGGAGCUCCUGCUGCUGGGUCGGCUGCUGGUUGGAUUGGCCGGUGGUCUCCUCACGGCCUUCAUGCCCAUGUGGCACAGUGAGAUCUCGGCUCUCUCCCAGCGCAGCACACUGGCUCCACUCUGUCCGAUGGGCCUGACCCUGGGCGUUGUGGUGGCGCAGGUAUGCAGCCUGCGGUCGGUGCUUGGAGGUCCCGAAACCUGGCACUUUGGCCUGGCCCUUUACGGCCUCCUGGUGGCGGCAUGCUAUGCCCCUUUUAGGUGGUAUCCCGAGAGCCCCAAGUGGCUGUACGUGGUCAAGGGGCGCAAGGAGGAGGCACGUCGCCAGCUGCAGCAGCUGAGGGGUUACUCCGCGGACAGCGUCGCACUGCAGGUGGAGAUGGACGAAAUGGAACUGGAGGCUGCUUCCAAGGUGGCGGCUAGCGGAUUGGUGGAGGUGCUGCGGGAUCCUAAAUUGCGUCUACCGCUGAUCAUCGUCUGCGCCUUCCUGGGUGGCCAGCAGCUUUCGGGGAUAAAUGCAAUCUUCUACUACUCCGUGUCCAUCUUCCGCAAGGCGGGUCUGUCCGUCCAGGCGUCGGAGUGGGCCAACUUGGGUGCAGGUUCCCUCAACUUGGCCACCUCGAUGUUGGGUCCCGUCUUACUGGAACGAGUCAACCGGCGACCACUGAUGCUUUUCUCCACCUUUUUCUGCACUGUCUUCCUGUUUCUGUUUGCCAUGAUGCUGUACUUUAUUGAGAUUUAUAGCUGGUUCGCCAUGGGUUGCAUUGGCUGCAUAUUCCUGUAUAUAUUCUUCUUCCAGUUUGGAUUGGGUCCCAUACCCUUCUUCAUUGGAGCAGAACUGUUUGAGCUGGCUUCUCGUCCAGCUGCCAUGUCACUGGGAAGCGUCGUCUACUGGCUGUGCAACUUUGUCAUUGGUAUGACCUUUCCGACCUUCCAGAAUCUCUGGGGCGCCUUGGUCUUCCUGCCGUUCUCGGUCACCUGCCUGCUGCUCUUCAUCCUGACGAAACGAUAUUUGCCGGAGACGCGUGGUCGCGAACCCUUCGAAGUGGCUCCGCUUGUCGCCUCGGGCUUUAAAUCAAAGGUGCUGCUUAACCAGCGGGUGGCAAACGAAUCGUAGACCGAGUUAAAUAAAUAAUCAUCUGGGCAGGUUC